AUGCCAUCGUGGAAACGCAAAACGAAAGUCAACUCCAAAAAGGAGGGUGAUGGCAAAGAAAAUGCUUCAGUCAGGUCAUCUUCCGGGUCAUCGACCUCGUCUACAGCUCAAACUCUCCUUUCUGCUGUAUACGACACAUUAACCACUUCGACUCGUCCACCAAGCCCUAUAGCCAGCGACACAUCCUCCUCCGAGGAUGCUGAUACCGAAUCAGAAAAAUCAGCUGCUACACCACCCCCGGAAGACAUACAACAACAAGCCCGGCGCAAUGCCGAAUUCGGCCCCUUGGGCCAUCCAUCGCAUCUCUACAACUCCCAGCACACCAGCGGCGCAAUCCUGGACCCCAUAAUAGAUGAACCACCCUAUUUCUACAUGCUAACGACCUAUAUCAGUUUUCUAAUCCUAAUAUUCGUGGGCCAUGCACAAGACUACAUCUCGAAAUGGUUUACGCCCCACAAACACCGACAUCUGAUGGUUCAAGACGGAUAUGCUCCCAUCUACAGUGAUUUUGAUAGCUUCUACGCUCGAAGGCUCAAGUUGCGUAUCAAUGACUGCUUUGAGCGUCCUACAACCGGUGUACCAGGAAGAUAUAUCACGUUGUUGGAUAGGGAGACGACGGAUUACAAUCGACAUUUCAGGUUUACGGGCACAACGACAGAAACGCUUAACUUGAGCUCCUACAAUUAUUUGGGUUUUGCGCAUAGUGAGGGUCCCUGUGCAGAUUUUGCGGAAGAUACGCUGAGAAAGUCUGGUAUCACUAUGACUGGCACAAUCGGUGAUGCUGCUACGUCUAUUUUACACACCGAAGUAGAGCGCCAAAUCGCCCAAUUCGUGGGUAAAGAAGAUGCACUCGUGUUUUCCAUGGGGUUUGUGACUAAUGCUACUAUCUUCCCGGCUCUGGUGGAUAAGGGAUGUUUGAUUCUAUCAGACGAAUUGAAUCAUGCUUCAAUUCGGUUUGGAGCUAGGUUGUCCGGGGCAAGUAUUCGCGUGUUUUCGCAUAAUAAUAUGGCGGACUUGGAAUGCAAAUUGAGAGAUGCUAUAUCCCAGGGACAGCCCCGAACUCAUCGACCUUGGAAGAAGAUUCUGGUCACUGUUGAGGGACUUUAUUCCAUGGAAGGUACGAUGGUGAAUUUACCAGGGAUUAUGGAGUUGAAGGAACGAUAUCGAUUUUAUUUGUACAUUGAUGAGGCGCAUUCGAUUGGUGCCGUGGGCCCGAAUGGUCGUGGUGUCUGCGAUUAUUUCGGGAUUGAUCCGUCCCGAAUCGAAAUACUAAUGGGCACAUUCACCAAAUCCUUCGGCGCAAACGGCGGCUACGUCGCAGCAGUCAAAUCGAUUAUCGAAAAACUGCGCGCUACAUGUUCCGGCCAAAUAUUCGGCGAAGCUCCCACCCCUCCUGUCCUUGCUCAAAUUCAGAGUGCACUACGUCAAAUCGCUGGCGAAGAAUUAGGUAAAGAGCGUCUACAACGUCUCGUGUUUAAUUCUCGCUACCUUCGUCUGGGUCUCAAACGACUUGGCUUCAUUGUAUAUGGCCAAGACGACUCCCCCAUUAUCCCGCUGAUGCUUUACAACCCGGCGAAAAUGCCCGCUUUUUCACACGAAAUGCUCAAACGCAAAAUCUCGGUUGUCGUCGUUACGUACCCCGCUACACCAUUGGAGUUGUCCCGCGUGAGGUUUUGUGUUAGUGCGGCUCAUACCAAGGAUGAUCUGGAUCGGUUGUUGGUUGCCUGUGAUGAAGUUGGGGAUGCUUUACAGAUCAAGUUUUCGUCCGGGAUUGCAGGAGGAUUGCAUGAGAGGCCUAGCUUGGAUGAGAUUGGGAAGAAAGGGGUCAAGAGGGAGAAGCCGAGGUGGAAGGUUGAAGAGGUUAUUGAGAGGGGAGUUAGGGAUGUUAAGGGUCUAUUGAUCGGUAUUGAUAAUGAGUAA